AGUGUUAAAUCUGUUCCACUUGUUUUUGCGGUACAAAGUAGUGCCAUUUGACAAACUUUCCAGAUACCAAUACUUCUGUUACUGAAAAUGUAAACUUUAUAAUUGGAAGCCUGUAGUACAAGUCUCUCGAAUGUCCUUUAUGAAUCCAAAGAAACAGAUUCAAGUUCUUUGGCUCCAACUAGCCAAGGUUGAAUAUUACACCAACACGUUUUUUGCAACCUGCUAAUGGACAUAAUAAAUUCUGGUGCAAAACAAAAUAAAAUAAAUCAGUGUCGAGCUGAACAUUGGAUGUCUCGAUUAGAAGGCCUGCCCUGUGGCGGAGGUAAAUACAGCCAUAAAACUUGGAGCCCCGGCGACAAUAUCGCAUAUAGCCCCCAUUGCAAUCGAGUGGCUAGAUAAGAAACGUGCCGCAAAUCGGCCGAGCUGCUCGCUGUUCACGUUCACGUGAUGUGCACGCCGAUCCAUUUGGCCAGGUACAUCUACUCACCGGCAGGUAAAUCAGUAAAUCAGCAACAGGUAAACCGCGCACAGCCCACCGACAUAGACGAUAAUGAAUAACGAGCACAAUUAAGAGCAGGCGAUGUGCUAAACGUUGAUACAAAGUGCUUAUCUUGUCUCCGAUAUUUGGCCCAGACGACCGGGGGAUUUGCUAAUGAUCAUGGGGCGUCGGCCAUAUAUGUCCGUUUCAGCAUUCCCGACUUCUCAGCGUCAAGAAUCCGACACAAAUGGACUUAGCAGAGUUGAACUACUGCAAACAGGGCCAAUCAUCGCUGUUUGAGUUGGCCCAGAGCAGCAAAUAGAUAACUUGGUGCCUGGAAAUGUGUGCCAGAGCAAAAUAUUGGAUCUGACAUUACUCAUACGCCGUGUGGGACUCUAACAGCAGUAUGCCAAUGCUGAUUACAUUUUUCAUUAUGCCUAAAGGUAGGCUUUUGUUUCCAAAUGUGGUGAAAUUGUUGGAAAGAAGGUGGGGAUGAAAGCAAGUGUUAUUUUCCAAUAGACAAAUAAAUCUGUUAUUAAAACGCCUCGUCAUUUAAGUAAUAAAAGUUCCUAUUUAACCUAUCUAGUAACCAUUUAGUUUCAUAUCAUUUUCAGCCCUAAAUUUAAAACAAUACUAUUAUUAAAUACAUAUCCACACCGAAUACUUAGCUUAAACCAAAACAAAGUUAUUAAUAUUCAAUUGAAAAUUAUUUCCCUUUGGCUUCUAUUAUACAAACAAAAUGCCCUGCAGAGUCGGUGAUAUGGAUUCUAUAUCCGCUCGUUUUCAGCCUAGUGUCAGGAUAGGCAAUUGGGUGGAAGAAAACUGUCUAGAGGAGGACAAAAUAGUUAACUUCAAGAAACAACGCGAUCGAGGCGAACUUCUGGUGGAAAAAGCUCGCACUUUGUAUGAUAAUUUCCACAAGGAGGUCGUCUUGGCUGCCCCCAAGCAGACCAUUAUAUUCGGGGCCAUUGUGCAACUCAUGCCCAUCUAUAUGAACAUCAGUGAUAUGGACACCUCCGAUCUGAAUGCCGCCUUAUCGGUGGUUAUCAAUGAGAAGGUUGUGCGAAAAAGCCAGUCAAUCAAUGAGGAUUGCGAGCUAACGGUAGCGCCCUCAAAACGACCCUGUGUGCGAAACUCCUUCAAGAUAGUCAGUGGAGAUGGUCGGGAUCGCACUGGGGAGAACAUCAAGUACGGACAGCGAUUCCAGCUGCAGUGCAUGGCCUCGGAACAGGAUCCCAUCGUCCUGUACAGUGGGCCCAAGCGGUGCAAUCUGCAGCAGGGCGUCAAUGCCACCUAUUUGUCUCACAAAAACGGGGAGCUCAACCUCAACUUGGGACUUGUGCAUCGCACCAAAAUCAACUGUCCCGAUAACGAUAUCCCCUUGGCCUAUACGAACUGGUUUUGCAGACACGUUGAUCCAAAACAGCGUUUUGAAAGCGAAGGAGAAGAUAUUCCCAGCAAUACCCCCUUGGUGAUUGUGCACGGAACUACAAAUCGAAAUCUAGCUGCCGAAAAUGUUUUAAUACAAACUCUUUUCGGCCCGGAGUUUCUGGUAUCCGUACAGAACUAUCGCAAUAUCUAUAAGCACGAGAUCUGGAAGAACGUUUGGAUGAUCAGCAAUGGACAUCAGACUGGAUCGAAAUCUUCAAAUUCCUCGUCUCACUGAGUUCUUAAAAUUACUUAUUCCUAAAAAAACAAGGCCCAGCAAUUA